GGCGCGCGAGUCAGCUCGUCCCAGGACUUAGGAAAACUCCUUGAUCGGUCGCGCCAAGCACUUGGCCGGCGACAAGGAGGGCGACCCUUCCUGAGCUCCCUUCCUUCCUGCUCCGGGGAGAGAAAGCGCAAAGUGGUCCAGAGCCGACCUGAUCGCGGUUGCCUUCCUCGCAGAGGCUGAGAAGGAGAAAAACUCUUCCACGCCUCAAGACUCCAAGGAAAGAGAGAGGGAUGCUUCCUUUGGGGCUCCCGGGCUGCGUUCUCCCCCUUUGGUUGGCACUGCUGUGCCCCUGGGCAUCUCGGAGCCAGCAAGCUCCAGAAUGUCAUUCUGCUGGUCAUCAGAUCCUCCAUAGUCCAUAUCGAAGUACCGAAUUUGAUUCAUCACAACUUCAGCAAUCAGCUAUUCAGGAUCUCAUAUGUGACCAUUCAUUGGCACCAGGAUGGUAUCGCUUCCUAAUUUUUGAUAAACAGGCUGAAAUGCCAACCAAGUGUGUGGAGAUGAAUCGCUGUGGAACACAGGCCCCGAUCUGGUUGUCUCUGGGAGAGUCUGAAUCUAUGCCCCAGCCUGGUGAGAUGAAACACUUAACAGCCUGUGCAACUUGGCAGUUUUUCUUCAGUGCCACAAAGGACUGCUGCCUUUUUCGAAUUCCUGUUAGUGUCAGAAAUUGUGGCAAUUUCCUAGUAUACUUUCUCCAGCCCACGCAAGGGUGCAUGGGAUAUUGCGCAGAAGUUCUUUCAGAUGCAAAUCAGCACACCUGCCAGACGGAAAACACAGAAACUGGAAACAUUUGCAACAAUAAAUUGCCUCCCUCACGGCUUCCACUUCCUUUACCGCCCCCUCCAAGCACACCGGACAUUGUGGCAGAGUGGCAGGAUGGCAGCAUUUUCUUAAGAUGCACCUUUGAUGUUCCGACUGCAAACAUCUCCAUGGGCUUUCUUGUGGCUUGGUCCAGACUGUCUCCUGAAGGCAUCAAAGAAGAACUGAAACAAGAGACGACCGUUCAGGCAUUCUCGCUUUUAGAACUGGAUGGGAUAAACCUCAGACUGGGAGACAGGAUUUACUGCAGCAGUUCUACUUUUUCAUUAGAAAGACCAGAGUUGCAAAGUUCUGUCAUUGACAGCAUUGAAUUUUUUGCAGGAAUUAAGCUCCAUCCUGAGGCAUUUAUUAUAUCAGAAGAUGAGAAGGAGUAUAAGCUAACAAUAGAGAGCAAAAUUCCCAUUCCUUGUCCUCAAGCUAGUCAACUGGAAAAUGACUGUAAAAUCUCAUUAAAAUUGAAGACAGUAGAAGAAGAUAAAGAUCUGGAGGUCUUAAAUGUGGCUCUGUCUUCGUGCCAUGUGGAUCUUCUGCAACAACCCUGUCUCAAUGGAACAUGUAGCCAAGCCAGCAUCCAUUAUACUGCUGUGAGUGACUUCGUCCAAGAUGGCAACAGAAGAACCAAGAUUGUGGUGGAGCCUAUCAUCAGUGACAACUUUGUGUGGAAUGGCUAUGUGCCAGAAAGUGUUCAGGUUACUGUGAAGGACCUUCCCUUUUCAUACUGCUAUUCUUUUACUGACCCACAUAUAAUUACCUUUGAUGGCAGGAUGUAUGACAAUUUUAAAACAGGAACAUUUGUACUCUACAGAAGUACUUCCCGUGAUUUUGAAGUCCAUGUGCGCCAGUGGGACUGUGGAAGCCUUUAUUACCCAGCAUCAUGUAACUGUGGGUUUGUUGCCAGAGAAGGGGCUGAUACUGUAGCAUUUGACAUGUGCAGUGGACAGCUACAUCAUUCACAGCCACACUUAUCUGUAAAAAGCAGAGACCCGGCAAACAGCAAUGUCAGAAUCACUGAAUCAUAUUUAGGAAGAAAAGUCACGGUUUUAUUUUCCUCUGGAGCUUUUAUUCGAGCUGAUGUGAGUGAAUGGGGAAUGAGUCUAACUCUCAGAGCCCCUAGUUCUGACCAUAAACACACAUUGGGACUUUGUGGAUCAUUUGAUGGUGUCGCAGAGAAUGAUUAUCAUGAUGUGGAUGGGAGAGAAAUCGAUAGAGGAGUGGAUGCUCACCUGUCAUUUAUUAAUGAGUGGAGGAUUUUGCCAGGGGAGAGCCUCUUUGACAAAGCCCCAGCUCCCUUAACAGUUGCCAAGAAAACACUUUUCUGUAGCUGUAGUGAUGUUCAACUGGGAGUAGAUCAGCCGAAGAAUAAACUCAAUUCUCUUUCUGAAGCAGUAUUGCCUUUAUCUUGCAAAAUAAGUGAGAAGAAUGUCUGGCUCCCUUCUUUGAUUCCAGAACUGGAUGUUACCAUUGAGUAUAUUAGCUCAGCUGAUCAUAUCAGGGACUUAAGGAAACGUGCAGCUGUGCUUAGAGAGGCCUCUUCCGCUGUCCCCUCCAAAAAGGAUCACUCUUUUAAUAAAACAACUCUUCAGAGAGCACCUCCAUCAUCCAUAGUUAACUCUCCAAACUCAAAGGCAGGCUUUGUAACACAUAAACCACCUCUUGGAAGUUUGAUGUCUCACAGAUAUGAUACUAUUUAUGAUAACCAGCAGCACCGUACAAGAGAGCGUACAAAGCGCCAGCAAUACUAUGAAUACCUUUCUGUAUUUCCAUCCCAGAGUUUAAGCCAAGCAGAUCUGGACGGGCUAAGCUAUUUCUUUCCAGAGGAUCACACAACUGACACACAUCAGGAGUUCUUGCCUUCAUGGCCUACACCUUCUGGACUCACUGAAUCUGAUGUGCAAGAUCUGUGUUGGCAGACAGUAGCCAAUUCCAGCAUAGUCACAGCUUGUAAAGCUUUUCUCAACCAACGGAUGGAAGAUGUAGUUUUGAUGUGUGUCAAGGAUCUACAAUUGAAGGAUGAUCUCAGCUGGGCAAAGACCAGUUUGGCCCUGCUAGAAAAUGAAUGUGAAAGAAGAAUUUUAGAAGAAAUGAAUAAUCACACUGAAGAAAAUGAGAGCUUAAUGGAGAAUGCAAUCAUAGCACUGAAAUGCCCCAACUUUUGCAGCAGGAGAGGUCAUUGUCUUGAAUGGGGAUGUGCUUGUUUUCCAGGCUUUAGUUCUUAUGACUGUAGUGUGUCGUCUGAUCGGAUUCCAGAAAUUGUAGAUAUGGAUCAUGGAGGAUUAUGUGAUGUCCGACAACAUGACUGCACAACUGUAAGAGCUUUUGGACAUGGAUUCACAGAGACAUCAAGCCUCAGAUGUGAACUUAACAAGCUGCAGUACAGUGAUAACAAGUGGGUGCUUGGGGAAUCUUUGUUCACCCACACAACUUUCCACAACACCAGGACUGUUGAUUGUCAACUACCCACUGAAGAAGACCAGUAUGAUGCUGUGCAUGUGGCAGAUGGCCAGCCCAUCGCUAGGUGGCAAAUCAAGAUUUCUAAUGAUGGUCUUACUUAUAGCAACCCAAAAACAGUGACUUUGUUUGAUGGAGCAUGUCAAAUAUGUGAUCCACAAUCGAAUGAUUUAUGCAUAUUAAAGGAGAAAACGUGCAACAUAGAUGGUCUUUGCUAUGGUGAAGGUGAUAGAAAUCCUACCAGUCCCUGCUUGCUUUGCAGACCUGAAUUAUCAAGGAUAAUGUGGUCCAUUUCUGAAAACAACCAGCCUCCUAUAUUCCAAAGCAUACAAGAAAAACCGCAAGCAUUUUAUGGAGAGCAUUUUGUUUAUCAGUUCACAGCCAUGGAUCCAGAAGGCUCUGCUGUUGCUUUUUUGUUGGAUUCUGGCCCUCCAGGUGCCAGUCUUUCCCCUGCUGGACUCCUCAUCUGGAAGGCAUUAUCAAAAAAUGCUGAGAAAUUUGCUUUUUCUGUAACUGAUGACUGCAGUGCUGAAACCAAAGUAAUAAUAGAGGUCAACGUGAAACCAUGCAACUGCUUAAAUGGUGGGUCUUGUGUGACAAAUACCAAUUUCCCCGCUGGAAGUGGGAAAUAUCUGUGCCUCUGCUUGCCGGGAUUUGAAGGUAGAUAUUGUCAAGAAGAUACUGAUCAGUGCAAAUCCACACCCUGCUUUGCUGGAGUAGCUUGCUUUAAUACUGUGGAGUCCUAUACUUGUGGCCCAUGUCCUGAAGGCAUGUAUGGUGAUGGGAAGAUCUGCCAUGGUUUUGUGCAACGCUCAGCAGCCCAGGCUCCAAACAUUACUGAGCUUCCUCCUAAUCCUGCAGAUGUUUCCAAAAGUUUUGUUCCCACAGAAAGAGCCAACAUCAUUCCACUAAUGUCCGCAGCAAAACCAACUAUAUCUUCAGAUGUAUUUCUUUCACAGAGAGCAGCUUUUAGAAGGACUGUCCAGAAUAAAUACCCUAGUUAUGCAUUUGGCAUCAGUACCACAAAUGUUCAUUCUGGCAAUACAAGAGAAGACAUACCAAUAAACUCUACAUCUGACAUGUUGCUUAGGAAUAACUCAGUCUUCAUUGAGAAGACAACAAAGAUACAAGAUCACUCAACCUAUUCACCACUUGAAGAUGGCAUCACAUUGAGCAGCAGAGCUAACAUGAUCAAUGGCACAUGGUUCUCAAAGAAAGAACUGGGGGAAAGAAGUAAUCACAAAUUUCAAAGUCCCUUCAAUGGGCAUAAAGAUAAUUCUGUAUCAUCCACCUUUGAGAGACAUGCUAUGUACCCUAAAGAUCCAGGCACACAUAAAAAAUUAUCAUCAGCAGCUAUCCCACGACUCUUAACCUGUGCAGAUUCACCCUGUUUCCCUGGAGUUCCUUGCAAACCAAGUGAAAAGGGGAGCUUCAAAUGUGGUCGUUGUCCUUUUGGCUAUUAUGGAGAUGGUGUCAUUUGUAGAGCCAUAUGCAGGCACACAUGUGGUCAAAACAUGGAAUGUGUAGCACCAAAUACAUGCAGAUGUAAGCUUGGUUAUACUGGUCUUAGUUGUCAGGCAGCUUUGUGUCAACCAGAAUGCAAAAACCAUGGGAAGUGUAUCAAGCCUAAUGUAUGUGAAUGUCUUCCUGGGUUCAGUGGUUCCAACUGUGAUGAAGCACAUUGUGACCCACCUUGCCUACAUGGAGGGACCUGUCUUUCUCGAAAUCUCUGUACAUGCCCCUAUGGAUUUGUUGGUCCACGCUGUGAAACAAUGGUUUGCAACAGACACUGUGAAAAUGGGGGUCAGUGUCUUACUCCCGAUGUCUGCCAGUGUAGAGUUGGCUGGUAUGGACCUACCUGUAGUACAGCAGUGUGUGAUCCAGUGUGUCUCAAUGGUGGGUCGUGUAUUAAACCAAAUACAUGUCUUUGCCCAUAUGGAUUUUUUGGUGCCUAUUGUCAAAAUGCUGUCUGCAGCCCCCCUUGUAAGAAUGGUGGUCAUUGUAUGAGAAAUAAUGUUUGCACCUGCCCUGAGGGAUAUAUUGGCAGAAGAUGUGAAAAAAGUAUUUGUGAUCCUGUGUGCAUGAAUGGAGGGAGAUGCGUGGGCCCAAAUGUUUGUUCUUGUCCUUCUGGCUGGAGAGGCAAACGAUGCAACACCCCUAUAUGCCUUCAGAAGUGCAAGAAUGGGGGAGAAUGCAUUGGACCAAGUGCUUGCCAUUGUCGUCCAGGAUGGGAGGGAGUUCAAUGUCAAACACCUGUGUGCAACCGGAAGUGUCUCUAUGGAGGCAUAUGUACACUGCCAAAUGUGUGCUCUUGUCGUCCUGGCUACAGUGGAGUUAUCUGUGGGAAGAAAAAUCAGGUUCAACGUGUUUGAAGAAUAAAUUUCCCUGAAUUCCACAUAUACCAAACAUGGACUACAGGGUUCUAGGAUGUGGACAGAUUCUUACAAGGCCCUUUUUCAUAAAAAGACUCAACCCUUUCUUCCAUAUGCAGAUUGCUGACAUACUGUAAAUAGAGAUGAAAGCCUGUUUAGAAAUGCUUUGGCUAGCUGGGGUGGGAAUGGAGAGACAUAAUAUUACUUCAAGCUGCCUAGCCAUUCAUAUUGAGUUUUAAAAAAUGUUCAACUCUAAGCAUCCCAUUGCUCCCAUUCUUCCAUAGGCCAUGAGCAAAGUGUAACUUUGCAGGCAGUAUAUGGUUCUCCCAGAUUUUCCACUGGAGCUCCCCAUAAAUACUCACUAAACAUUUUUGCCCCAAAAUCACCCCAAUCCAAAACUUUCGUAGUGUUGGCAGAGGUCUGGUGGGGAAGAAGUCCUCCAAGAUACAGAAAAAUGUCUUCCUAAGACAUAAUAAUUUACCAAACAUUACACUACACCAAAGCUGCUUGAGCUAUGGGUCACAACCCCAUCUGAAGUCCCUUAACUAAAUGUGGGGUUUGCAAAACAUUUGUGUAGCUUUUCACUUAGUGGCUGUUUUAGUCAUUUACUUCAAUCUGUUACCAAUAAUGUGCUGCAAAUACUUCAGUCAUACUUUAUAAGAAAGGAAAAUCAACCUGCCCCCCCUUUUUUUAGCAAGC